CCAUCUUCUCUGCACAAGCUCACUCCUCAAACUCCUUUUACUUGCUAAGCUCUCUGCAUAAUUUGAUAUCGAUGGCAAAGAACUCGCAGAGUAGCAGCAAGAACCAAGAGAAGAAGAAGAAAGAAAACAGAGUGUGUGAGAAGAUCUUCAGAGCAGUGACGAGUCCUGUCCGAACCGUUGGCCGCAUCUCAACCAAACCUUCAGUACCGAACCACAACCAAGCGGAGGCUGUUCGCGUCAAGUUCUCAGAGACGUUGACUCAGGCAUCCAAACCCAUUACAAAGAUCGUGCCGAAGAAAACGAUGAUCACUCGAGUGGAGACAACAAUGAAAACGGACGAGAGGUUCAACGAGUAUAUAAAGAAAGCGAAACUGAGGAUAAGGGCAAUGACGAAUCUGGGUGAUAUGAUGAGGAACGAUGCGUCGGAGACAAGUGAAACAGAGACGCGUGAUCAUCAUCAUCGUCAUCAUGUCCCAAUCUCUCGUGUAUCGAGAGAGAGUAGCAGUGGGAGAUCAGAUCAUUUCUCUGAGUACAUAAAGAAGGCGAAGAUGAAGCUCUUGGGAUCCUCUUCCACCAUCGCUCGUGCGAACUCAGCUUACGAUUCUUUCAAGGUCGUCAAGGAUUGAUGAAUUCAGGUGAAAGUUCUUGGUCUUGGCUUGCUCCUUAUAUCAGAAGAUAUCAUCGAUUAUGAAAUAUGUUAUCCAUGGUUUGAAAAUUAUAUUGACAAGAAUGGAUAUGAAUUUGUUGUAUUUAUGAAAAGU